ACGUUCUGAGUUGUGACAACAUCUCGACGGUCUAAACGACAACAAAUUAGCCUCCGAGGUGCAGGCGAGUGUGCGUAGCGUAGCAGUCUGUGGAAAUACAGAGACGCUUAAAACUCUUAGAGGUUUUUUUUUUCUUGAACACGACCUUUUUUUCCUCUGAGAGUGUCUGACAAGUUUGGUAUUAACAGAGCGCAAGAGAGAAGUGGGCACGCACUUUUCCUGAACCUGACUCCUCACUUCGUUCUGUCUGACCUUCACAGCGGAUUGCCAUCCACUCUCCUCAGCGUCCAGACAUGUAGUCAGCAGCAUAAGCAGAGCGCAUUCCUGUUUGUGAACUCUUUUUCUUCUCAAACAGUUUCCUCGACCUCUCGGGCUGGACUGCGGUGCAUUGACGUCGGCUCGCCCUCCCCUGCCCCCUCGCCCCCCAGCAAUGGCCUCACGCAUUGGCCUGCGGAUGCAGCUGAUGCGAGACCAGCUGCAGCAGGAGGAGCAGCGCGAGCGGCAGCAGCAGCAGAAUGCGGCCCUGCAAUAUAUGCAGCAACGCAUGGCUGGGCCACCUGCGCCCACCCCAGCCAUUAGCACGCCGCAGCAUUACCAAAGCAUGCAGGUCCCCGUGGAGGUUCUUAAGGUACAGACCCACCUUGAGAAUCCUACAGACUACCACAUCCGUCAGUCUCGGAGGCAACAAGUAAAAGAAUACUUAUCCACCACCUGUGCCACGAAACAGACGGUCCAUGCAGUAGCCGGACCGAUACCACCCUCUCCUCCCACAACAAUGGGACCCACAGGGGGCUCAGCGUCUGCACCCCCUCCCCUCCACUCUCCACGCAUGCGCACAGAGCAGCUCAUGUCUGGCAACAGCGCCCCCAACAGCCCCAUGGCCAUGCUCAACAUCGGCUCCAGUCACGAAAACGAGAUGGAUGAGGUCAUUGAUGACAUCAUCAGCAUGCAGUCCAAUUAUGAUGAUAUUCAGGCAUACAUAGACCCUAUCCAGAUGCCAAACACACUCCCUCUGUCCAGCAGUCACCUGGAUGUGUAUACAGGUCCUGGGAUGAAGGGGCCAGCUAUUGCUAUGACCAGUAACUCCUGUCCUGCCAACUUGACCAUCAAACGAGAACUGUCAGACACAGAAGCCCGUGCGCUGGCCAAGGAGAGACAAAAGAAAGAUAACCACAAUCUGAUUGAAAGACGGAGGAGAUUCAACAUCAAUGAUCGUAUUAAAGAACUUGGCACCAUGAUCCCCAAAACCAAUGACCUUGCGCUUAGUGAUGUGCGCUGGAACAAAGGUACUAUACUGAGAGCAUCUGUAGAGUACAUCAAACGCAUGCAGAAGGAUGUACAGAGGACCAGAGAGGUGGAAAAUAACUUUAAAAGGAUGGAAAUGGCCAACAAACAGUUGAUGCUACGUAUCCAGGAGUUGGAGAUGCAGGCUCAUCUGCAUGGCCUACCCAGCACCUCUCCCUCUGGCCUGAACACGACUGACAUAAUGGCUCCUUAUAUAAAACAAGAGACCAGCCCAGAGGAGAACCUUUCUCACCCCCAGGCACAAACCCACCACCAGCCCCAGCACCUACCCCAGAACCAGGCUCAGCAACAGGCUCAGCAGCACCACUUCCUUCCACAGACCCACCUCCACCAACAGGGCCAGGUUCAGCCUCAGCACAGGCACCUGCCACCGCUCCCCCAGCACCUCCAGCCCCAGCCACCCAUCCAGUUCCCAGCUGUAGGCAGCUCCCAGCCCUUUGACUUUGCCCAGUCGCUGGACUUGUGCGAUGGGAUGCCAGGUUUCUCAGAUGGCAUGUCGGGGCUGGGCGACUUGGCCGGACUGGACGUCCAGGGGAGGAGAGGCGAGCUGGGCUUCCUGAUGAUGGACGAGCCUUUGUCCCCUGUGGGUGGAGACCCGCUGCUCUCUGCGAUGUCCCCUGAAGCUUCUGUCGACUCUAGCCGCAGAUCCAGCUUCAGCAUAGAGGAUGUAGACCUACUCUAGACACAUGCAUACAUACACGCACUCCCACAAACCAACACAAGCACAAGUAGAGAUUUCAGAGAGGUGUCAGCGUGGAGGUACAUCAUCACAAACUCCAACACAUUUACAGCAUGUACAACACAAAUGAAUAAGACAUGACACACGCCCAUAACAUGCAGCGCAUACUGAAUACAUCACACAAAUUGAUCAUACAUUGAUGGCACUCAUUUUUUGUAUAAUUACCCCUCCUUAAUGGCAAGAGCAAGGUACAAGCAAAGUAGGUAGCAGGUACAAGCGCAUGCGUACGCGCACACAUACACACACAUACACACAGGCACACACACAAGUGGAUGUGAGAUAAACUGAGAAGCUUGAAACGUUGCCCAACACACUGAGCAUUUACAAGGGGUGAACCAACACUGCCAGGUCAGGAGUUAUAUAGCACACUUGGCCUCGUUUCCAUAAAGGUGGCUCUGAAUUAUAAUUGAGGAGGACAAAACCAGCAGUUAAUUAGAUUGAAGUUAUCAGAUACAAGGACAACCAAGCGCAUUGUCUUACUUGAUAGAGGACAAGUUAUUUUCCCCUUACAUCAACCUCUUUUAGUAACCAUAAACGAUUGAAUGAACGAUAGUGAAUAAAAUGGAAAUAGCUUUAUGGUCCUGCAUACAUAAUUUAGCUUAAGGGGAUGCAGUCCAGUCUAAAUGGUCUGUUCCUCAAUCUGCUAUUCCACAGUUUGCCUUCACCUCAAGCACAAGCUGUUUGGUGUUUGACAAAGAUCUGCGUUAGUCUGCUAAGCUCAAGUGUCCACAUCUUAGAAAACAUUUAAAGAGUGGGCGGACAAUGUAGGAAUCAGAUAAUCCAGCCCUUCUGCAUCUGUAAUUGUUGUCUUCUCAUAAACAUGUACACCCUCUCACUCAUACUGCUGUGCCCCAGUUUCUACACCUUUUAACACUUUUGACACUGUGAGGACCUUUACCCAAAGAAGACACAGUUAGUGUUACUGUGUCGACUCUGGAGAGAGUAAAAAAAGCCAUUUGAAAGUCUCCAAAAAAACAGUGUGUCAUCCAAAUUUGUGAGGUGUCAAAAUACUCAGGUACUGUAACAGGAAGUAGAAGCAGAAGUUAACCCAGGCUCAUAACCCCUUUCAACGUGCCUUUUGAUUUUUGCAGCUGCUGCUCUUCAAAGGUUAUUAAAGGUUAGAGGUCAUGACCAGGGUUUAGAGUUAAAAUAAACUUCAAUUAUGCCUGUAAAUGCUUCUGUAGUAAUUAUACCUUUGUUAGUGCAGGAGAGUUUCAUUUUUAUCUCACUAAGUGACUUUGUAGAGCACGGCUUGUACUAGAGGCCCAGGUGAAGAAAAGAUAGAGUGACUGGAAAGAGAAAAAGAUAGUUUGCAUCAGCUGACAGCAGUAGUAGUGUAGUCUUCACUGUAAAACACAGCAUUAGCUCACACUUGCAUGCAUUCACACUCACUUUUCGGUUCACAUACAGGCAUCCAUUAAACACGCAGAUGCUCACAUACUGUAUGCAUGAUCACACUCACACACAUACAUACAUUGCAGUGUGCCUUGAGGCUGUUUUCAAAUCAUCAUGUUAUCGAGUCUCCUGUACUUCAGUCUUUACCCUGUUGAGUCGAGUGAAGCUGCAAGCUACAGAGGUGAAGCUCAGGUCUGCUGUUCAAACUGCCACCUAAAGGGAAUCUGUUAUCCUAUUGGCUAACUGACAUCCAUUUGUCAUCAUAUUCAUGGUUGGAGCAGGCUGAUGUGGACCUGAGUUGUAUCUCUGCUGUGGUAGACCUGGGGCUUGGCUUUGAUUUGAUAUAGCUUAUGAUCAGUACUGAUGAAGGUAGGAAAAAAAAAAAAACUUUGAUGGUGAUUUUUUUUGAUUAAAAGAAGUGUUUGUUUUCGUUAUUAUAGUUUGUUGUUUAUUUUAACUCCCAAAGCACUGGAAACUAUGUUAUUGUUUUGACUUUGUACAUGGAAGAAUUAUGGAAUAAGAUUUAUUUAGAUGUUUUAUGCCACUAAGCCACUUAAAUGUAUUUUGUUUGUAUUUGUUGUUUUAGUUCUUUUUCAGUUUUAUUCCAAAACUACCCUUUCUUCUCAGAGCCAAUUUCAGUAAGUACACUGUAAAGGCACUUAAGCCACCAAUGUGUUACUGGGGGAGGAGCGGGGAGCCAUUUAUGAACUUCCAGAUUUCAACUGACUUUAGAGAGAUGAAGAGAUUAUGUACAUUUACGAUGCCAUUUUUAUAUGAUUGGGGUUUUAUUUUUCUCUCUGUUGUGAAAUUUGGAGCCAGACAUAGAUGAAAGGUGAUUAUUUGAUUUGAUUCUAUUCAAAUUGCUCAUUUUAUGAAUGUAAGGUUUACCAGUGGUUCCGGUCAGGCUGAAGCAGGUCGGUGUUUUUUGCCAUGCCUUUUUUCUUCCCGACUUUGGUUUCCAUGGAGACUGGAAGACGACUGACUUCACAUAAACUCUGAGCCGAGGAGUUGUGGUUGCCAUGGUGUCAUAUCACUGACUCUGCAUUUGUCUCUGUCUGUCUACCAGAGUUGUGCCUUUUCCCUUUUCAACCACAGUUUGACUGUUGUUGUCACCCAGCCAACACUCCAAAGACCUGCUCAGGCCUCCUCUACUCUUCCACUAGAGGGCGCUCUGCAGAGCAAACUACACAGGGAAAAGUGGUUCUGAUUUUACUGAAGAUAUAAAAUGUUUUACCAGAAUCCA